AUGACCACCAAGCCAGACAAGGACGAGACGCUGCAACAGUUUGGUAAAUUGAGUCUAAAUAAAGAGACUGAUUCCAGCAGUAAUAGCCUAUCAGUUCCUUCUACUUCGGCCACUUCUACAGCAUCAACACCCACACCCUCUACAGCUCAACCGCAAGUAUCCUCCCCACCAAUGACACCGUCCGUACACACUCCAUUGAGCAGUGAUAUACAGGCUAGAUUGUUGGCAUUUCAACAAAAGCGAUCAAAGCCAGCGUCAGAACCAAUGAAUGUGUAUAAACAGCAGAAUGCAACGACAGCCAAUGUGGCAACAAGCACAAGCUCUGCACAGCAGCAGAAGCAACUGCAACCUCAGUCACUUGCACCACCAAUACCACCACCGCAUGCGACUGAGUCCAAGAGUGACUCAAAGGUGGAAACGAUCUCACUUAAAGGACAAAAGGUUACUGUCGAAAGUUUACCGAAAGCACCCAGCAAUACCAACCUUGACAGUGCUGUUGACCUCUCGAAAGGAGAACUGAAUCCAACUAGUGUUAAAUCACCGCCAUUAACCAUACCUAGCGGGAACCCACCAGUUCAAAGUACUUCAACACAAGCCCAAGAUCGGUCGAGGGCCAACCCUGCUCAGGGUUCUAUUCUGUCUCCAAAUUUCAAGCCCCAAAUGAAUGUCCAAAAGAAACCAUCCUUAUCCCAAAGACGAGGCAUGAAGUUAAACACCAGCGCAUUUGCAUUUGAUAGUCCGCCCGCUGCCGCGCCAGCCUCACCGCCAUCUGCCGCGUUGUCCCCAACUUCAUUCGAUGGUCCACUUAAUCUCGACAACGCUGUGCUAACUAAGACUCCAGAUAGGGAGCAGCCGCCGGAUGCAUCAGUGACAUCUGCCAUUGAGGAUUCUAGUGCAGCUACUACAACUACCGCCAAUAAUCAAACACACGCACAAUCUGCCACAUCGUCUGCAGCUCCAUUUGCCAGUGCAAUGAGUUCCAAGUUGGGUACGCCAAACGAGUUGUCGAGACGAUUAAGCGAACGGAAAAAGAAGCCAAAUUUCAAGCUCAAUUUGGAUUCUCCGGGAAGCAAUAUUCCUUCAAGAAGUAGCAGUUUGGGAAAAUCGAACUCUUCGGGGCCUUCAAGUGACAGCAGUCCACAACAACAAGAUAAAGAGCCACAACUCCAGGGUCUUUUCGCCAAUUACUCGAAAUAUAUCGACAUCAAGUCGGGGCAGUUGAAUUUUGCUGGCAAAGCCUCGUUACAUUCAAAGGGGAUAGACUUUUCCUCUGGUUCUUCUUUUCACAUAUCAUUGGACGAAUUUGAGUAUUUGGAGGAAUUGGGAAGAGGUAAUUAUGGAUCUGUUUCCAAAGUUUUGCACAAGCCUACUGGAGUAUUGAUGGCAAUGAAGGAGGUGAGAUUAGAAUUGGAUGAAACUAAGUUUACGCAAAUAUUGAUGGAGUUGGAUAUUUUGCACAAGUGUGACUCACCAUACAUUGUUGAUUUCUACGGUGCUUUCUUUGUCGAAGGUGCAGUUUACAUGUGUAUUGAAUAUAUGGAUGGCGGCUCACUCGACAGGAUUUUUGGUAAUGAUAUUGGUGUUGAAGAUGAAGGUGAAUUGGCGUAUAUUACUGAGUCGGUAAUUCGUGGGUUGAAGGAACUUAAGGACGAACACAAUAUCAUCCAUCGUGAUGUUAAACCUACAAAUAUCUUGGUUAACUCGCAGGGGAAAGUGAAGCUUUGUGAUUUUGGAGUUUCUGGAAACUUGGUGGCGUCAAUGGCAAAGACAAACAUUGGAUGUCAGUCGUAUAUGGCACCGGAAAGAAUCAAGAGUUUGAAACCUGAUGAAGCUACAUAUUCCGUACAAUCAGAUGUUUGGUCUUUGGGAUUAACCAUUUUGGAGUUGGCAGUGGGCCAUUACCCCUACCCAGCGGAGACCUACGACAACAUCUUUUCACAAUUGAGUGCAAUUGUGGAUGGCGAGCCUCCGAAAUUGGACGCAACAAAGUACUCAAAGGAAGCACAGUAUUUUGUGAAGUCGUGCUUGAACAAGAACCCCGAUCUCCGGCCGUCGUAUGCUGCGUUACUACAUAAUCCAUGGUUGGUCAAAUAUAGAGACAUACCCCAGCACUUGGACAAGACAGUGCAGGAAAGGAUGCAACAGUUGAAACUCGGUGGAACAGCUGCCGCGUUUGUUCCAGCAACAACAACAACAACAAGGUCGUCGUCAGCCACCACGUCAGCAUCUGCAUCCAAAUCAUCUACAUCGGGCGCCGCUCCCAAAGCCAAGCCUGGAGCAGGCGUAGCUGCCGCAGCAAUCCCACAAAGGGCAAACAAUGCUGAAUCUGUCAAUUCAUUAUUGAAGAAGAAAGUACGCGCUCCAGCUUUGCAUAGAGGUGGACUACCCCAAGUCAAUAACAAGAGUUUUUUGCAAAAUUUGAACAACCAGAGCAAUGGUGGAUAG